AUGGAUCCAAUACAUAUUUCUCGUCGUCGUAAUCAAAUUAAUCGUCGUCGUCUUCUCGAAGAAGAGAGACGACAACGACAACAACGACAACAACAACAACAGGCACAAUGCGAAAGAGUGAUUUUUGCUCUUCGUGCCUUUAACUGUCUCCCUACGGGAGUUACAUCUACUGGUCCCGUCCCCAUGCAAACGAGCCAAAUUCUGGCUACUUCUCCUGCUCCUUCCUCCACCAACACAACCUCAACAACAACAACAACCAAAACAACCAAAACCGCAACAUCAACCAUCACAACCAUCACAACAACAACAAUCAUCGUCACCCCCAAUGCCACGAAACCGUCUGAUCCUCCCCGUUCUACUCAAUCAAACAAAGAAAAUAAAAAUAAACAAUAA